AUGAUAUCUCACGACGUCAAGACCGCCGCGGCGGAUCAGGCACCAAAGGCAGACUCUAUUGCCCCAGCCGAACAACGUCACCUCGUCGACGAGCACGUUAUUCAAGCUGAAAAUGAAGACAAGAUGACGCCUUAUCUGGUCUUCCUGAUCGCUUCGGCGGCCCUUGGUGGAUUCCUAUACGGCUAUGACACUGGCAUUGUUGGUGUUGCACUUCCUUAUGUCGGGACCGAGUUUGGUUAUGCACUCUCCUACCUUCAACAGGAGAUUGCCACAGCGGCCACCACCGUCGGCUCCAUCUUCGGGGCUGCCAUCUUGGGCAUGUUCGCCGACAGAUGGGGCCGAAAGCUCUGCCUACUGAUUUCUGACCUAUUCUUUACAGCCGGUGCUAUCGUCAUCGCGUCGAGCUUUUCUCUCGGCCAGCUUAUCGCUGGUCGUCUUAUCCUCGGCGUCGGAGUGGGCGGCGCGGCUGUAAUCUGUCCACUUUACAUCACUGAACUGGCUCCCACUGCCGUUCGUGGACGGUGUGUCGGGACAAAUGGCUUCUGCAUUCCGUUUGGCCAGACAGUCGCUGUGGCCAUUGGUGCCGGCAUGCAGCACGUCAAGGGCAACUGGCGGAUCCUGUUUGGUCUUGGUGUUGUGCCCUCGCUUCUGCAGCUCGCCCUCAUGCAUAAGUUACCGGAGUCGCCUCGUGUUCUUAUCCUUCGUGGCCAGGACGACAGGGCUCGAGAAGUACUCAAGACGAUCUACAAGUACGCCUCACCUGAGAUCAUUGAGCUAAAAUUGCAGAUCGUCAAGGAUCACAUUGCUGCCACCACGGCUCUGCAACGCUCGACCACCUUUUGGCAACGCUCCAAAAAGCUAUGGACUCACAAGCCGUACCGCCGUUCAAUUUUUACCGUCAGCUUGAUCCAGGUUUUCGGUCAAUUCACCGGAUACAACACCCUUCUCUACUACGCCGGAACUCUAUUCGGACUCUUGGGCCUUUCCAAUCCGUCUGUUGGAGGUUUAAUCCCCUCAAUCACCAACACUUUCUUCCUUCUUUGCGGCAUGGUGAUGGUGGACCGCAUCGGUCGCCGUGGGCUGCUGAUGAAAUUCGGUCCCAUUAUGGUCAUUGGUCUUACCUGGUGUCUCAUCGCUUUCUACUACAUGUGUAAGCCCACAGGGCACGUCCUGGUUGAUGGCUACCCUUAUCCCCAGAGGGACGUUGGCCUGGUUAUAGCCGGAAUCGUCAUCUUCGUCACCGGCUUUGGCUCCACCUAUGCACACCUUUGUUGGUACCAGUCCGAGUACCUUGCUCUCGAGAUUCGUGCAGCAGGUAGUGCUAUCAGCACGGUCGCAAGUUUUUCAGCAAAUUUGGUGGUCGCCGUGUCCUUCCUCACCGAACUCGAAAACCUGACUCCCAGCGGGACAUACGGUCUAUACCUUGGCUUCAUCAUCAUCGGCCUUGUGCUUGCCUAUUUCUGCUAUCCAGAAACUAAGGGCCUAUCGGUCGACGAAGCAUUCACCCUCUUUGACGAGGGCUUCGGUGUCAAGAAAUCGAAGGAGAUGCGACGAGAGAAGAUCAAAAUGCAACAUACCUACAACUCCGAGGGUCUUCAUGUGGCUAUAGCCGAUGGAGUUGACAAAAGCGAAGCGUCUCACAAGGAGAAUGUUGACCCCAUAAAAUCGAUUGGAAACGAUGGCAGUGAAUAA